AUGUCCUUCGAAGCCCCCACCCCCCCCUACAACUCCACCGACCCCUAUGCCGCCUACCUCAACACCUCCUGCCUCGACCUCCUCCUCAUCGAGCUCGUCCCCAUGGCCUACCGCAUCUCCGCCGAGCUCGCCCUCCAAGAAGCCCAAUACCACCCAUCAUCCAAGAGCGCGCGGCGGGCGAGCGCGAGCGAGGAGUUGAGGGAGGCGGCGUAUUUGAGGUUGGAGGGUUUGGGGUAUCGGGUGGGGUUGGGGGUUGCGGAGAGAUUCUCACGCGACCGACCUCGGGUUACAGAGCCAUUGGACAUCAUCAAGUUCAUCUGCAAAGACGUCUGGAGCAUCAUAUUCCGCAAGCAGAUCGACAACCUAAAGACCAACCACCGCGGCAUCUUCGUCCUCACAGAUAACAACUUUAAACCCAUCCACCGCAUUAGCAUGGAAAAAGGCCGCGACGGAAUGCUAGCGCAAACCCAAGCCUUCCUCGUCUUCCCCGGCGGCAUCAUCCGCGGCGCGCUCGCGGCCAUGGGCAUCACGGCGAGCGUGUCGGCCGAGUCGCAGGAGAUACCCGCUGCGACGUUCCAGAUACGGACGGUGGGUGCGAAGGCAUGA